AUGCGCAAAGAUAACAUCUCAUGGGGCGAAUCAGAGAUGAAAACACUAUCGCCACUGUACUAUGUACCACUGAUGCUGACGAACUUUCAAACCAUCGAGAUCAAUAUAAGAGAUCAAUUCGGUAGCCCAGCACCAUUCGCGAGCGGGACUUUGACGGAGUCGCUCGGCAAAAGAGAGGGAGAGGGAAAACAUACCAGGUACGACAUGACUCAUUAUAUGCAACUUUACGAAAAUCAGCUCGGCGGUGAAGGCAUAGAGACGAUUUACCGAGGAGCACCUCAUCAACGUGGGCACGGAAUCGGCAGUUUCUUGGAAGGCCUGUUUCGUCGAAUACUACGUCUGCUAUCCAGUGGUGCUCCCGCGGUCGGAAGAGAAGCACUACGUGCAGAGUUGAACGUCAUGACAGAUACGUCUAUCGAAGCUGGUCAAUGGGUACACCAAAAGCCCGUAUCAUCUCUAACCGAUGAUUCCCCGAUUGAAUUUGUUGUACCUGGAAACGGUGAUGAAUACAUCGACUUGGCACACGCUAUGCUUAGCGUACGAGUGAAGUUACAGCCGACUGCUCCUGGCCCACCGGCAGACGAAGGCAAUGCAACUACUCCGCAUGUCACUCCGGUAAACAAUCUGCUUCACUCAAUGUUCAAUCAAGUCGAUAUAUUCUUCAAUCAAAAACUAGUCUCACCAGCCAACAACUCUUACGCCUAUCGAGCAUAUAUAGAGACUCUACUGAAUUACGCACCGCCCGCCAGAAAAUCCUAUCUUUCUUCGGCUCUAUGGUACGACAGCGAGGAAGGAGUAUCGGAUAUAUACGACGCCGACGCCGUCGGUGCUGACCGAGGUUCCAUAGAUCUCAAACGGGUCAUGAGCAAUGCACGUACCGUUGAUCUGAUUAGACACCUGCACUGUGACGUAUUUAAUGAAGAUAAAUUUUUACUCAACGGUGUGGAACUGUAUCUUCGACUUGAGAGAUCAAGAGACAGUUUUUGCAUCAUGGAAGCCGAAAAUCGCCACAAGCUGCACAUACUGGAAACUUCACUGCUCAUUCGCCGAAUGAAGAUCAGCCCUGGAAUCUUGCUGGCGCACGCACGGACGCUAACCAAAGGUACGGCAAAAUAUCCCGUAACCAGAGACGAGGUGAAAUCUUUCACCAUACACGCAGGAGUACAAGCAGAAACACUGGACAAUGUCAUACUCGGACAACUACCGAAACGAGUGAUAAUCGGUUUUGUCCCAACGAAGCCGCUACAGAUGAGUUUUGGCAAAGACGAUCUCUACGUGGACGCUUAUCACACCCUCUUCUCCGGCACGGGGAUUCAUUUUCUGAACGAAAGAAACGGUAUCGACCGGCAGCAGUUCGCUAAAGGAAAUUGUCUAUUGGCUUUUGACCUAACCCGCGAUCUCUCGGCCAACUGUACAUCGCACUGGUCGCUCAUCAAACAUGGAACUCUCAGGGUCGAAGUGCGGUUCGACGAUGCCCUCAAAGAAACUGUGAAUUGCCUGGUGUACGCUGAAUUUGAUAAUCUUAUUGAAGUUGAUGCUGCACGUCAGGUCAUUACAGAUUUUUCGGGCUAA